AUGGACGAAGCUGCCUUGAAGAAAGUUCCGGCCAUCCGAGGCAUGGGUGAGGCGACAGAUGCCAAGUCGCAGCCGAUUGUGCGCACAAGGGAAGGCACUGUGCAGGAUAUCAGAACGAGGAUCGUCACCAUGGUGAAGGAGCCGCAGUUCCAGAUGCUGACAAUCUCGACUGGAGCAGGGGCCAUCACCGUGGGCGCCGCAGGAGGCGCCUUCGGCAUUGCAACUGGCAUCGUGGCUGGCUCCAUCGCGGGGGUGGCGCCUGCACUGGCAACGUUUGGCCUGUCCAUUCCGGCGGGCGCAGUAUUUGGCGCGGCUGCAGGCCUCCUGGUGGGAACCACGACGGGUGGUGUCGCCGGAGGAACGGGCGCCUUCUGCCUCUACAAGUACCGAGUCCAGAUCAAAGACGGCGUGAUCCGGGUGCAGGUGAAGGCACGGAAGUCCCUCGUUGAUGGCUGCGAGAAGGUCAAAGGCGCCACUUCCCGCGCCAAGCUGGCCAUAGACUCUGCCGCCACGAAAGCCCAGGAGAAGGCGACCACGACCCUCGCCCUCGCCAAGGUGAAGUCCGCCGAAGCGGUGGAGCUGGCCAAGGUGAAGGCUUGUGACAGUCCAAAGUUCCCAUCAGCUGGCUUGGAUCGGAAGGAGUUGCUACCCCAAGAUUCAACACCGUCGCCAGGUGGGUGA